GAAACAAUGUAUAAUAUCCGUAGAAAAAAAAUUAUUCCAAAGUUUAACUUCACUGAGUAGAAUUCAACAAAAAUCAUAUUCGUGAAGUGCUUAUUCAAAACAAAUUUUUAAUUAUAUAUAAUUUACUUCCGUUUGUAUCGCAUAAAAACGUGAGAUUACCAUAUAUUUUAAUGAGAUUUUAAACCAGUUAGUGCGUAAUUAAAAAUAAUAUAUAAUAACAUAUCAGCACUUGUUACAGGAGGAGCUGAUGGUAUUGGACUUUCCCAUAUCGAAGCAUUAUUACAUAAAGGAUGGUGUCGUAAUAGCUGAUAUUAAUCAAGUAAAAGGGGAGGAUGAAACGAAGAGACUGGAAAAAAAAUUUGGGAAAAAUAGGGUGGUUUUUGUAAAAACCGACAUUGCUGAUAUUGAGAGUUUUGAAAACGCGUUCAAAGUGACCAUACGACAUUUCGGAAACAUUGAUAUUCUUAUUAACAACGCUGGUAUUUGUAAUGACUCGAUUUGGGAAAAAGAAAUAGAUAUAAAUUUAAAGGGUACUGUUAAUGGCAUGUUACUGGGUUUGGAAAAGUAUUUGAAACAAUUUAAACAAGGUAACGAGGCAGUUAUCUUGAAUACUUCGUCUGUAUGUUUGAUAGAAACUAUGAGCGUAUGGCCUGUGUACGUUUCAACCAAAUUUGGUAUUCUGGGAUUAACGAAAGAAUGGGGCAAUGACGUCCAUUAUGAUAGAACCAAAGUAAAAGUAGUGGCUAUUUGUCCUGGGCCGACGUACACUUCAAUCAGUACUGAUUUGGGACCAGGAGUAAUCAAUCAGGAAUAUGAAGAUAUACUUGCCUCUAUUUUGGAAGAAUUAACUAAUAGGAUUCAAAGCUCGGAUUUUGUAGCAAAAGAAGCUAUAAAAGUUAUAGAGCAAGCACCAAAUGGAAGCUUGUGGAUUAUAGAAGAAACUAAAGAAGCUUACCAAUUCAUUUUACCGUCAAAGAUCUAAUAAACUGACCUAUUGGCAAAGAAUAUUCUCAAUUGUGUGUCUUAUUGAAUAUAAAACGAAUAAAAUGUUUCAUUCUUUAAAUAAAACGAAUACAAUA